AAUUGUUCGUGGUUGUCAUCUUUUUGAUAAUUUUGGAACAAAUAAGUUUGUCAUUUAUGAAUAUAUAAAUCCUUUUAAAAAAUUAUAGUGAGUUUUAUUGUUCAUAAAAAGUUUGUCAAAUUUAACAAUGGAUACGGAUAAUGGGUCUGAUGGCCCAUAUAAUGGGGGAAUAGAUCAAGCUUUGUUGCAACAAUUUAGUUGUAUGGGCACAUCUGACAAAGAAGAAUUAAUAAAUGAGCUACAAAAACUAUUGUGUGGAAAAAUUAACCAUUCUACUGCCUCAUUUUUUCUGGAUAUGAACAAUUGGAAUCUGCAAGGUGCAAUUUGUUCAUAUUUAGAUACUCAAACAACAACUAGAUUUCCGUCCAUGACCCUAGUCGAUUUUGUUGCAAACGAAACGGAUAGUGUAGAACCUAAUGUUAUAUUUCAAAAAUCCUGGCAUAUAACCAAUAACGGUUCAGAUCCGUGGCCGGCGGGCUGUUAUGCCGAAAUGGCCACAGGUUCGAACGAAACGGCGAAAAGGACAGCGGUGCCGAGCCUGCAACCGGGCGAGAAAACCAUUCUGACGGUGACUAUGGAAAGUCCGGCUACACCGGGCGUCUAUCAGAGCAAGUGGAGGCUUUGCACGCCAAACGGAAGCUAUUUUGGAGAUGAUUUGUGGUCUUUUAUGUAUGUGACGGAUAAGUGUACGGUUAGUUUAACGGAACAAUUAUCCCAAUUAAGUGAAUUAGGUGCUACACAACCAAUGAUGUCCCCUCAAAAUCCCUUUAUGCCAUCAAGAUCUCAAGUGGGUCCCAGUCAGGAAAAUUUCUCACCAGACGGUCCUGAUUCGGCAAUGUGUUAAUUUAAUAUUAGUGCCAACAAUAAAACACCAAAAUCAAUUAUGAACUGAGCAAGAAUUAUCCUUACUUGUAUAUAGUGUACAUAAAGUUAUAUACACCAAUUUUAAGCAUAGACUUAAUUUAAUUUCAUAAAAAUUUUAAAUCAAGCAGAUACUUUAGGUGAAAUUGUUAAAUUUCGAAUCGUUUUAUCAUAUCAAAUUGUUUUCCUUAAAAUAACUAAUUAAUGAAAGGAUCAGUCAACCUAAAAAUAUUUGGCAUUUUUUGUUUUGUCGUAUUAUCUAAAUUCUUAUUAGAUAAAAUUGAUCUUUAUUUUAAUAAUUAG